UGUGGCUAGCAAGCUGACUUGCAGGAGUCAUCCACCAGAGCACAACUAUGGAGCUGCCCUGCCUAAUUCUUAUCAUUCUGUGUGUUAUUGCACAUGCAGCAGGAGAGUGUGCGGUUGAAAGAAAUGAGAGGUGGAAAUCAGGCCAUGUAAUAAAACAGCUCAUGUCAAUGACGAUCUCUGGAAAUAAUGUCAAGUCAGAUGCCAACCCUCUUAUUGCACUCCGACUUGUGAGACAGAACCGUCCAUUGAAGGAAGUCAAGAUCUUUCAACAGCUUAGACGAUCAGUGGCAAUCGCACUUUACAAAGGUCUACCAUUAGAGCUAGAGGAAGCAGCACUUGAUCUCAUGGCCUUCAAAGCUGCAUGCCAGGACCCUAUGGAUUUCUAUGGUCAUCACAAGAAUGUCAACCUUGUGAAAGCUGUUGCUGACAAACUUCUAGCUACUCUGGGAAAAUCUGCUAAUGCACAAACUCCUCUCUUCAGUGACCGUGGCAUUGCCUUUGGAACAUUAGCACUGUGUUUAGAAAACUACGACUUCCCUCAAAAUGCACUAAACCAGCUACUCCAGUUUAACAACUACGAUCAACAACUUAAUACAGUGCCUACUGACACACUUUCCCUUGCCAUUUUGGCUUCAACGUGCCUGGAGAGACGUGUAAGGAUUAGUGUUCCACAUAAAACCCCAGGACUGGAAAGUUUCCUGAAAUCUGCAGUGAAGAAAGUUCUCUCACAAGUGCAUUCAUCUGGGAUCAUUGGAAACCUUGACAGUACUGCAAUUGCUGUACAGGCUUUAGUUUUGAACUGGAGGUAUUAUCCUAAAGGUGCAUUUGACUGCAUGCCCAGUAUUCACAAACUGCUACAUGAAAUCACACAGAAAUCUUUCAAGAACACACUGGUGGCCUCACAAGUGGCUAUGACCUUGGCAGGAAAAACCUAUAUGGACAUAAACAAGCCUGCAUGUCACCCAAAAGUACUCCUGGAUGAAAAUGUAACUCCAGACACACUAGAUGUCAAUGUAUAAAAGACAAAAAAAGGACAGCUGAAGACUGGGCAGAUGGCACAAGGAAACACAAGUCAGAUUCCUGCACAACUGAACCUACAACAAAUCUCAAACAUACAUGACUACCCUUUCUACAAACAUGCUAGCAUCAACAGCAAUGUUUCUCACUUGUUGUCUGUAUUAUAUAUUAAGUAGAGCUGACAGUGCCAAAUAGUAUUUUAUGAUUCUUUUUCUGAAAAUUAUAUGAGAAAUGACUGAGCCUACCUUCAACAAAUGACAGAAAAAAUGCAGUAAUUAAUAAAGUCUUCCUUGCCAAUGUAGAGCCAUCAUUUCAAUCUUCUGCUGUAAAGCUGCAUUUCAUUCUUCAAAAUGUGGUAUAUGUAAAGCAAAUACCAAAUCCAGAUUAAAUGAAAGUUUGUGAUGUUGUUAAUUAUUUUGUUUUUCUCUUGGACGUUAAAUACCACAAGGAUGAUCAUGUGUAGAUUUCAUUAGAGAAACUGUAGCUCUGGGCAUUAGAUAUUUCUGAAAUGGAAGCAGAUUUUCCUUUAAAUACAUUCCAUUGUCGUUACAACUGAUUUUUUUUAAGUAGAAAUGUGUGCGGCACUGAUACUAGUCAUGGUUCUAGAAAGCUUGUAUUUUUGUCCAUUUUGCAACUUACAUUCAUUGUGUUUCAUGUAGCAUGCUGUUUGUGAAUAUUCAUUUCACUCUUUGGUUUAAUUGUCAGGGUAAUAAAUUAAGCAAGCAUAACACAAUAUAA